CAAUAUCAAGCCUGGCCCCGUAAACGUUCGUUCGUCCUUCUCAACACACUCCAACACCCCCACACUCCAACAACCCCUCUGCCCAAAAUGACUGUCAAGAUGAACCUCUGGUCCCUGACCCUCCUCCCCGGAGAGCCGGUCCCCAUCUACGUCCCUGCCGACUUUGAGAUCACCAACGUCGCGCUCGGCGAGGAGCUCCGCAACGAGACUGGCCGCUCGGUCGUCAAGGUUACCCACAACCCCAUCGACCCUGCUCUCCUUGCCUCGGACUCUGACGACGAGUUCGACUCGGACGACGAGGACUUUGACGGCGAGGACGAUGACGAGGAGGAGGACGACGAGGAGAUCGACGCCGAGGAGGAUGACGACGAGGACGACGAUGAGGAGGGCGACGACGAGGACGACGAUGAGGAAGAGGACGACUUCGAGGACGACGGCUUCGAGGAGACCUCUGUCAUUGCCUCGCUCACCGCCGGCCGCGUCGAGCAGACCCAGGUCAACCUCACCUUUGUCAAGGGCGAGGUCGUCAUCUUCGAGGUGACUGGCGAGAACGCCGUCCACCUCCUCGGCAACUACAUCAACCAGUGGCCUGACGAGGAGGACUCGGACUACGACUCGGACGACUACGACGACCUCGACCUUGACGACGAGGACGAGUUUGACGUCGAGGAGUUUGACGAGGAGGUCGAGAUUGCUCCCAAGGGCAAGAUCGCCGCCAUCGAGGAGGUCAAGGCUGUCAAGGCCAAGGCUGAGAAGCCCGCCGCUGUCUCCAACAAGCGCAAGGCCGAGGAGGUCGAGGAGAAGGCCGAGGUCGAGACCCUCACCAAGGCCCAGAAGAAGAAGCUCGCCAAGAAGGCCAAGGUCGAGGAGGCUGCCGCUGCCCCUGCCGCUGCUGCCCCCGCCCCCGCCAAGACUGAGAAGAAGAAGACCCUCCCCGGUGGCCUGAUCAUCGAGGACGUCACCGUCGGCACCGGCCCCGUCGCCAAGCCCGGCAAGCGCCUCAGCAUGCGCUACAUCGGCAAGCUCGAGAACGGCAAGCAGUUUGACGCCAACACUGCCGGCUCGCCCUUCUCCUUUGUCCUCGGCCGCGGCGAGGUCAUCAAGGGCUGGGACCAGGGCCUGGUUGGCCUCGCUGUUGGCGGCGAGCGCCGCCUCACCAUCCCCGCCUCGCUCGCCUACGGCAAGCAGCGCCUCGGCGGCAUCCCCCCCAACUCGACCCUCAAGUUCGACGUCAAGCUCCUCGCUGUCAAGUAAGCGUAGUUGCCUAGUUGGUUCUUGUCAUGCACUGCGGGCGUGCAGUUAGUCGUUUGUCAUGAUGCACUGCUAUAUUCACACAA